AAACGUCAUUGCUUGUUUUUCUUAUCGUUAAAGUUAUAAAUAUAACAAUAAAAUGGACUCUUUGGACUUGUUAGCGCGUGAAGAUGAGUUCAAGAAACUUAACAAACAACUUGAGAAGAAAACAGAAAGUUUAAUGAAGGAGAUUGAGCAAGCUAUGCAAAAACAAGACAUAUUCUCUGAGUUCUCACCGAACCUCACCUUGUCCCCAGUUCAUAAAAUAAAAAAACAUAAUUGUGAAAGCCAUAAGCCUAACACAGACUCACCCUUGCCUCCACCAAAGCCUGCACAAAAAAAGAAAAAAUCACAAACAACUCCGGAACAUAAAAGCGGGAAAAUUGAAAAUGGAACGCUAAGUUCUGAUGUUGAUAGCUUUGUUAAUUGUGAUAGUGAAGAGGUUGUGCCAAAGAGUUUGAAUACUUGCAACUGUUGUGCCAAUUUGAAUGUUGGUAGAAUUAGAGAUGAUGAUGAAUUUUUGUAUGCUUUUGUGUCUGUUAAUGUUAAAGAGAAGGUGUUGCCGCAGUCCUUUUUGAAAGACCGGCCCACAAUAGAGAAUGUAUGCAAGUUCCUGUCUUCCAAGGUGAAACUGAUGCAGGAACAGAUCGACAGGCUACAAGGGACCCUGGAUAAGAAGGCAUCACAAUGCGACGGCCACCUCCGUCAACUAGCGGAGUAUGAGUCCGAGCGUUUGUCGCUACAGUGCAAGAUGAACAACAUGUCCACAGCUACAGCUGAUAUGAAAGGAAAGAACCUGGUGCUGCUGGCGAAACUUAAUGAUAAAGAAAGAUUAUACAAAGAACAGCGAGCCGAAACAGACAAACUGACGUGCGAACUAAAGAGGUGCAGGUUCAAAUGCGCCAGUGCUGAAGCAAAGAGCGCGUCACAACAGGAGGCCAUUGACAAUCUGAGGCAACAACUCGAUACUGCUAAACGAUCUGAGAAGGAUUUUCGUGAAUCGUCACGUAAUCUCUCAACAUCACACCAGAACGCCAUCUCUCGGCUAGAAGCCCACAUCAAAGUAUUAAAUACACGGAGCGAUCGACAGAUGGCGUUGAUUGAUAAUUUAAGGAAACAAAACGCUCUACUAGCGACAGAGGGCGCUCUUAAGACACUUGAACGAGAGUACUGCGAUUUUUUAAAUCAAGAUUUGUAAUAAAUACUUUUUGCAAGAUAUUUCUAACGGUAUUUUU